UCAUCAAAAGAUCAAGCCAAUCCUACUGCUAAUUACUCAUAUAUUAUAUCUAUUUAUAUAAAGAUCCCAAUCUACUUAUAAUGCCAUUGCAAACACAUCCCAACACAACGUCACAAAUCCAAAAUCUCUAAAGCCACACCAAUUUCCAUCUCUUUCCCACAGAGAACGAGAUGAACAACAACAAGACUCCUAUUUCUUAUCCCACGGCUGAGGAAAUCAACCCUUUUCACCAAAUAUCACAGAACGAAACCAACCAACACCAAGAACAACAAUCCAUGACCACACCAAAAGAAACAAACCCUUUUCUCCAAACAACCUCAGAAUCACAGCAACCCCCACAAUACCCUUCCACCACACCAACAAAAGAAACAAACCCUUCUCACCACCAACCAAACACUUCACAACCGGAUCAUCAUCAUCAAGAGAAACAAGCUGACCAUCAUGAUCAUCAAGAUGUUUCAGCGGGUCCCUCAUGCUCUUCUGAUCCGCCAGCAGACGCAGAGAAAUGGGGAACUCACGUCAUGGGGCACCCUGCGGUGCCCACGUGUCACCCGGGCAACAAGAAAGCGGCCUUAUGGGGUGCCCCUAGUGAUGAAGCCCACCAAUUCCACUAUCCAUACCUCCAAUACAGCCCCAUUGAGAAGGCUAGCAAUGGCCAAUCCAUUCUUCAUGUCUUCAACUCAUGGAGUAACAAGGCCGAGUCUAUGGCCAACAACAUCUGGCACAACCUUAGAACUGGACCAUCUGUGUCCGGAGCUGCAUGGGGGAAGAUGAACGUGGCAGCGAAGGCCAUGACCGGAGGCGGAUACGAGUCUCUUUACAAGCAGACAUUCUCAACUUAUCCGAAUGAGAAGCUCAAGAAGACAUUUGCUUGUUAUCUUUCCACAUCAACUGGGCCUGUGCCUGGAACUCUUUACUUGUCUAAUUUUCAUGUGGCUUUCUGCAGCGAUCGCCCCUUAUCCUUUACUGCACCCUCUGGCCAACAAAGUUGGAGCUAUUACAAGGUUGUGGUACCUUUGCCAAAUAUUGCCACUGUAAAUCCAGUGGCGAUGAGGGAUAGUCCAUCAGAAAACUAUAUACAGAUCGUCACCGUUGAUGGGCAGGAUUUCUGGUACAUGGGUUUUGUGAAUUACGAGAAGGCAUCAAGGCAUCUUACAGACAGUAUCUCCAGUUUUGUUGCACCUGGAUAUGCCGUGCAACCCCCCGUUGAGAAACACACGCAGUGACCAUUCUAUUGUUUGGAUUAUUCGAUCACUUUUUAUUUGAGGAUCAGUGUAUGAGUGUUUUUUUUUUCAUAUGAGAGUAUAUAUAUGUCCCCUGUUUCAACUGCUCUGUUUUAUUCUUUUGUUAUGUCUUUUCUCCUGGUUUUUGAUAAUAAUCUCAAGAUUCGUAAC